AUGUCGUGCUUAAAUAGCAUAUGGCCUACUGUAUCCAAUUUAUGCGGAUCAUUAUCCUUUUUCACCUCUGUUAUUUCAUUGUUCCCGCAAAUCAUUGAAACUUAUCGAGAUAAAUCUGUCGAUGGGUUAUCGCCAUAUUUUUUGUUAGCUUGGUUGUGUGGAGACAUUACCUCGCUGAUAGGGGCAAAGCUGACAGGACAAUUGCUAUUCCAAAUACUUCUAGCAAUAUAUUUUCUGUUGAACGAUUCGUUUGUAUGUGGUCAAUACUAUUAUUAUGGCGUGUUGCAUGAAAAUAAACUGGCAACUAUUGGUCAUGAGCCUAAACCUCUUCUUCCUGAACUAGUUGAAAAUGGUGAGCUUUUAAGGGAGGAGGAAGACAUGAUACAAGGCGUGGAAAGCCCUAGAAGCAGUAGAAGGAGGUCUGCCAUUACGGCAGCCUUGGCCAUAGCUCAUACUAUAAGUACAGCUAGCGCGUACCCGCUAAAUGUAGGCUCCAUCCAACCACAAAUGGCGCCUCCUGGAGAUGAUAAAAAUAGCCAGCUGGGUACAGUUUUGUCUUGGAUUGGCGCUUCCUUCUACGUAGGUGCACGUAUUCCACAACUAAUCAAGAAUUACAAUAGAAAGUCCACAGACGGUUUGUCUCCCUUCCUCUUUGCUACAACUCUACUUUGCAAUAUCACGUAUAAUAUGAGUAUUUUCACAAGCUGUCAAUUUUUAACUAGUCAGAACAAAAGGGAAUUUAUCAUGAACGAGUUGCCCUUUAUCUUUGGAAGCGCUGGAACAAUUGCAUUUGAUUUGAUAUACUUCUAUCAAUACUACAUCCUUUAUGCAACUGAUAUGCAACUACGUGAACUGGAAAGAGAGCUAUACGGCCCUGAAGAAGACAAUGCGGAGCAACUAGUAACUGAACGCACAUCACUGUUGUCUGGUGAAACACAAGCGUAG